AUGGCCUGCAGGAAGGGGUGCUCGGAUAAUCAGACCAAGUGGACACUUGUCAGCAUUGUCAGUGUGGCUCUGGUGCUCACCAUUGGGAUGGUCCUGGGCUUCACCAUGCAGCAGCCGACGCGGCCAGACUGUAAACCAGAUGCGGCCUGCCGUCCCGACGCAGACAUGCUGGACUACCUUGUGAGCCUGGGACAGAUCAGCCACCGGGAUGGCCUGCUGGUCACCUGGUAUCAUGCUGCCAACAGCCAGGCAGACAUGGGGGCUGCCUUGAGUGGUAAUGCCAUGGUCCUAGAGGCGGAUGUCACAGUGGAAGGGCUCAACACAGUCAACGAAUCGGAGGUCCCCAUCAUGGCACACCCCCCAGCCAUCUACAGCGACAACACACUGCAGCAGUGGUUGGAGACUGUGCUGUCCACUUCCCAGAAGGGCAUCAAACUGGACUUCAAGAGCCUCAAGGCUGUGGGCCCCUCCCUGGACCUUCUGCGGCGGCACACAGAGAAUGGGAGAGUCCGGAGGCCUGUGUGGAUCAAUGCUGAUAUCCUGAGGGGCCCUAACGUGCCCAUAUCAGUCCACGUCAAUGCCACAGGGUUCCUGGCUAUGGUUCAGGAGAAAUAUCCUGAGGCCACCCUUUCUCCUGGCUGGACCACGCUUUACCUGGCCCUGGGCCCCAACAGGACGUACACGCGGGCCAUGGUAGAGGAGAUGCAGGAGCUGGUGGGAGCAAUGCCGCAAAGGAUCACCUUCCCCGUGAGGGCAGUCAUGGUGCGGGCCGCCUGGCCCCACUUCAGCUGGCUGUUGGGCCAAUCUGAGAGGUACAGCCUGACGCUGUGGCAGAGCUCUUCGGACCCUGUAUCAGUAGACGAUCUCCUCUACGUCCGGGACAACAGUGCCACCCACCAGAUCUACUAUGACCUCUUCGAGCCUGUUCUGUCCCAGUUCAAGCAGCUUGUUGCCAAUGCCACUCGGAAGCAAAUCUACUACACAGGAGGCAGCCUGAUCCCUCUCCUCCAGCCCCCCGGCGGUGAUGGCCUGGGAGUGGAGUGGCUGGUUCCUGGCAUCCAAGGCAAUGGGAGUACAGCAAAAAUUACAUUCCCAGACAAAGAAGGCAUGGUCCUGCUAAACAUUGGUCUCCAGGAAGCUGCAACCGGGGACCCUGUGCCCAUCGUCCAGGUCUCAGGAGGCUUUGUCUUGACGCUGGAGUCAUGCCUACUGCAGCUCGCCCCGCGCCCUGGACGCUGGGGUGUCCACUUGUACAUAGCAGAGCCUACAGCCCUCCGUCCAUCCCUGGCCGUGCUGGCCCACCUCUCUUCCCUGGGCCACCUGCCUCGGCCUGUGUGGGUGGGGGCCACACUCUCCUACGGGAGUUUUGAGGUCCCUGGCCACGUGGCUGGCAGGGAGUUUCUUGCAGCUGUGGCUGAGGUUUUCCCCCAUGUGACCAUGGCCCCAGGCUGGCCUGAGGAGGUGCUGGACAGUGGCUAUGGAGAACAGUUGCUCAGGGACAUGCUGGAGCUAUGUCAGGGACUCCGGCAACCCGUGUCCUUCCAGCUGCAGGCAGGGCUGCUGGGCCAGAGCGUGGCUGGAACUGUGGCAAGACUGUUGGCAGCGUCCCCCCAGGCCACGGUCACGGUGGAGCACAGCCUCACCAGGGACAGCUACGCAGCUGUGCGGGCAGGGCUGCUGGCAGCCAGGGCCAUGGACAAAACCCGGGUCUACUACAGACUGCCCCAGGACUUCCGCAAGGACUUGUUGGCGGACAUUCACAGAAACUGA